UCAUUUGACAGUUCUCUGCAGAACGGAGUGUUGACAUUUUGCAAAUGUCAAAGUAGCUCCGCGGUGUGUGAUCCACGAGAAAACUGUUCGAGAAAAAGGUGAAUCCUACGCGCACCAAAUAUGCCCAGUGCUUAGUCAGCGUUCCAGCCCGGGCAGAGUAAGUGUAUUUAUCCCAAAAGGUAUUCCUAAUCCUAAUUCACAAUUGGUCGUCGCAAUCGCUCCAAAAUGUCCCCGUCGGAAACGUGUGAGGACCUGAAAGCAUUUGAACGACGGCUGACGGAAGUGAUUGCCUGUCUGCAGCCGCCGACCCUACGAUGGAGGUUGCUGCUCGGUGUCACCGCGUUAGUGACCUGCGUCAGCGCAUUUUACUGGCUAACGGACCCGCGGACCUCCGUCGUGCCGCUGGUGGAUUCGCUGCUGAACCAUGGCAUUUUUACCAUUUCAACCCUCUUCCUGUUGGUUCUGUUCAUGUUCGGUAUCCAUAAGCUGGUGAUUGCGCCGCAGAUCAUCACAUCACGCACGAGGAACGUACUGGCCGAGUUUAACAUGUCCUGCGACGAAACGGGCAAGCUGAUCGUGCGUCCCAGACCGACCAACAACUCUCGCUACAUGGAUAUGAGUUAAGAUGGCAAAAUUCGUGCCCCGUACGUAAAGCACACCAUUAUUACCUGCUUGCCACGCGUCGCUGUAAAUAGAGGAUAAUACUACCCAUCUUCAUCCACCCCUACUCCGUUCCCUUCUCGAUGAAUCAAACCGAAAACGCUAAUGUAUUGGUAUUGGGGUGCGCGGACACCCUCCCGAUCGAGUUUAUUUAGUUUUGCUCCACAUGUUUGCGUUUUGUACAUUUUGCGUCAGUUUCAGGAAUAAAAGGAUUGAUGC